GUUCAACCUAAGUAGACGUCAACGACAUGCAAGCUUUUUGGUUGCAAUUUUGACUCGACCACAAAGAAAAACAAUCUUUUUAAAAAAAAGUUCUAAGACCUUGUGCAGCUGUAGGUCUUGACAUUGAUCAAACUGUCGAGGAAUAGUUUAUUCUAGAUAAUUUCAGCUUUCAUUUUAAUGGGUAUAGUUCAGAUCCCUCUCAAAGGAAUAAGAUGUUUACAGUGUAGAGGUGUAAGCCUUCUCCAAAAAACUACAUGGAAAACAAAUUGUUAUCAUAAUGUAGCGUUAGUGACAGUCAGGCAUUCGCAUUCUAGUCCGACUCUAAAGUCAUCCCAUCUCUCAGAUCCGGAGAAUAAAGGAGAACGACAAAAAGGGGUCAACUUUGAUACCCUUGGAUCAUGGAACAGCAGGAUAGAAAUGAAGGUUGACAUUGAGAAGAGCAUUAAAAAAGGAAGACUUAUACCUGAAAUUCCUCUCGAUGAUGUUGGCACGGCUAGCUUACUUGGAAGACGCAAAGUAAAUGAGGACAGAUUUAGCAUUGAGCAGAUUUCGGAUGACUUGUUGUAUUUUGCUAUAUUUGAUGGCCAUAGUGGUGCGACAGCAGUGGACUUUGUACAGCCAUACAUGCAACAUCAUAUCAGUUUCUGGCUGCAGAAAACGACAAAGUUAUCUGAAGUACUACGCAAUAGUUUUAUUGACGUGAACAACCUGCUUACAAGACAUCUUUCAUCAUAUCAUGAGG